UGGCCUUACAGUUGAUCCAUCAUGUGGCAUGCAGUGGUGGGGUCUCAUCGCUCUCACUGUUCACCUCAGCCCAAGCACUUAAAGCUGCUCACAGUCUACAUGCUGGUGCUGUUGGCAUCACUCAGCUUUACGUCAGGCCAGCGGAGAUCGUUUAACCAUCAGAUAGACAACAGAAGUCCUGAGAUUGAUCCAUUUUGGUAUGUGGGACGUGGUGUCCGACCUAUCGGCCGGUUUGGGAAAAGGCAGCUAAGGAGCAGCCACAAGAGCCUGAGGCCUGGGAUCAGCAGCCUGGAGCUGAUUGUGAAUGCUUUGCAGGAGCAAGAAGCACUGGAUGCAGAAGAUGAUGGCUGGUGGUGAUUCCCUUGUCAACUGCAGUAACUAAACUCAGUUACUUCUCUCAUUUGAAUUGAAUUCUCUCUCUCUCCUCUCCCCACCUCCUCACAUAUAUGUUAAAACUCUGUUUUGGUUCUGCUUUUUUGCUUACAUGUCCUUUGCCACAUCUUUCGUUUAUUUCCUGUGUAAACUCCUUUUAAAAGAAGCCCUCUCAGGUGGAAAGAUCCACAUUGAAAAGUGAUGCUGAAUGCAAACUACGCUGUUCACACACUUCCACUCCUGCUCUGAACAAAGCAUCCUCCCUCCAUCCCUCCCCCCGUAAACUAAUGCCACUGUGAGGGUAGUUCGGAGCAAGAACCAAAAGAUUUCCAUGCUUGGAAUCAACUCUGUAUAAAAUAUGCUCUUCAUGCUAGCCUGCCAACAAACCUUUCUGUCAUGUUUCAAAGUGACUUGUUAAUGCUGGUUAAAAAUAAACAAUGGCUGGCUGAACUAAAACAUUCUCAGUAAUGUAUUUACCAAUAUUAACUAGAUAUGAAAUGUUAGUGCUUUUUGAGUCUUUUCAUACCACAGUGACAUGCAUGGCUUGGAUUUAUACACUGUACAUUCCUGGCCCUUUAAAAUGUCUGCUAUCUGACAGGGUGUACUCUUCAAACAAGUGGGGGUUUUUUUUUACUUGCUUAUUUUGAAACAAACAGAAAAACCUCCCUUCUUAAGGACAGGGAGUUUAAAAGGCCCCAGGCUAGUUAAACUGUCAGGGUAGCUUUGUGCCAUCAUAGCACAUAACCCACCACCCUGAGCAGCACAAUGAGGUCAAAGACAGGUGAAGCUGCUGGCUCAUGUCCCUCUAGAACAGUGGUUUUUAAUCUGUGGUCCACAGACCCCCUCGGGGUUUGCAGACUACACCUAAGAUUUCCAAAGGGGUACACGCCUCCAUUUGAAAUCUUUUGGGGUCUGCAAAUGGAAAAAUUGUUAUAGUAGUGGCUUUCAAUCUUUUAACUGGGAAAGCUAAAAGUCACUGUACAAGCAUCAUACUUAAAAAAUUAUCCUAUUAUAUUGGAUUGCAUAAAUAAUCCAUGAUUGCUUGAUUGAUAUGACCCAUCACUAUACUGGUAUCUAUGAUUCUAUACUGGUUAAUUCAAUAACUUCUAAUUAGCAUUGCUCAUAUAAUUAUACACACUUAAUCUUGAUAAGCAACUCUUGCCACCAAAAAUACAUCAGAUAAAAUUAUAAGAUAAAUGGUAGCUCAUAGUCAAAAAGACCAUUCACUAUUUAGCUAAUGGACUAGAAUUAAAAUUUAGGUCCUAAACAGUACUUCAGAAGAUAAUAGACCAAGCUUGUGUGUCUAGUUGUCGUCGUCUUGAAUCACUGCCAAAGUAGCAGUGGUUGACUUAAUCACAGCACAUAAUUUAUCCAACUAACUUAAUUCAAAGGCAGAAAAAUGGGCUGCCUGCCAUCAGGAGGUGAUUUUAUUUUUACAGACUUGAUUGUAUUUCUCAGUUGUUUGAUAAAUAGUUUGUGUGAAGGGAUUUGAGCC